AUGCAGACUGCUUCUACAAACAUUUGUGAAAAACUGUACAAUACAUCCAUUCGUGAGAUUUCCUUGCUACUAAAUAUUGCAUGGUCAACUGUUAGUGGUAUUAUAACAAAGUGGAAGCAAUGAGAAACAACAGCAACUCAGCCACGAAGUGAUGAACCAGGUAAAAUGACAGAGUGGGGUCAGAGCAUGCUGAAGCACACAGUGCGCAGAAGUCCCCAACUGUCUGUAGAGUCAAUAGUUAAAGACCUCCAAACUUCAUGUGGUCUUCAGAUCAGCACAACAGUGUGUAGAGUGCUUCAUGGAAUGGGUUUCCAUGGCCGAGCAGCUGCAUCCAAGCCUUACACCACCAAGUGCAAUGGCAAGCAUCAGAUGCAGUGGUGUAAAGCACACCUCCACUGGACUCUA